AAUCCCUAAACAUACCCUACAUUCAAAUUUCCCUCUCAAAACCCUGAAAAAUCCUUCUUAAAUGACUCUGCUUGGGCGUUCGGACCGUCCGAUCUCCGCAAGAGGCGGAGAUCCCGCCUAUGUUGCGAUGGUCCCAUGCGGACCGGCUGGACCGGUCUAACAUAUUUCCCUUAGUGUUACUUGCGAACUCAAGUAUUUCCUAUCACAUACAAAUUAGGCUGAAGAUUUACAUCUGUUUAUUUCUUAAGGAACUUCGGCAAGGUAGAGCAAAGUUAGUUGAAUAAUAAGUAGACAUGGAAUGAGUAAAUUUCCUUUUAAGCAUCCAAUGUAGGUUACUCAUUGAGCACUGUAUGGCCACAAGAUGUUCAUCUGCGAAAAAAUAUACUAAAAUGCUAGCUUAAUAGACUUUUCAGAACUUAUCACUUGAUUGCAGACCGAAGGUUGACAUACAUGUAUAUUUCUGCAACUUAAACUGAGGAUCCUUUGAUAUAAGUAUUACAAACUUCCCAGUAUCCAUAGUUUCAAUUAAUGAAGUCUCUUUUGGUAAGCUAAAUAAUUUUUUUUGUUCUUGUGGGUGAGUAGUUGGCUUGCCGCAUGAAGCAUCAAUAGUAAAAAGUUAUGCAACUCAUCUUGGUCUGUUGAUUGAGAGCUUUGGCUACCAACCAAGAGGUUUUGGGUUCAAGUCUUGCGUAUGUGAUGUGUGUGAGUUUGUCUUAAUUGGCCUAAAUAUUAAAAAAAAAAAGUAAAAUGUUAAGCCAUAGUAAUGUUUGUCAAUUGUAUUACAAGGGGAUGGUCAGUUUGCACUCGAAUCUCAAUAGGUGUAACAGAUCUCUUAUUCUCAUUUUGAUUCUUUAUUGGGAUGUCCAGCUAUUGAUUAGAUGUGGGUACAUCUUUUUUAUUUCUAUUUAAUCUUAGGCUCCUUGUAUUUCAUUUUCAAGCUUUCUAAUGUUUGUGCUUUCAUGUUCUUUAGGGAUAUUUUCAACCUUGUAGGCUGUCUCCUGGAGCCUGCUACUUUGAAGACCCAAUUUUACAUGGCAUUGUUGUACACGGCAACAACAGCAAUCUUGACUGCACAAAUAGUAUACUACGGUCAUAUUUGCCAUCGACUGGAAGCAAAUAAAGCUUGUAAACCGGAGAAGAUUGACGAGCUUGAGUACAAAGCAAAAGAGAGUUUGGUAGGGAAGAACAGCGAUGAGAGGGGAAAAUCUUAG